UAUCAGCUGUUGGGCGUGCAUUCAAUUCCGUAGCAUUUGACUUUUAUUAAUUUUUUGUUAUUAAAAAAGCAUAUUAUUAAUGAAGGCGAUAAUACAAAGGGUUUCUGCCGCAAAAGUAACUGUUGGCGACGAGCUUAUUAGUUCCAUUGGACGUGGUCUUUGCGUGCUCGUGGGUAUAACACAUUCGGACACAGAAAAGGAUGUGGAAUAUAUUUCACGCAAACUGCUUGCUUUACGUUUAUUCGAAGACACGGUGGGUAAACGUUGGCAGAAAAGCGUCAAAGAUGAACAAUUGGAAAUAUUGUGUGUUUCACAAUUUACACUCUAUUAUCGGCUUAAAGGAAAUAAACCUGAUUUUCAUUUAGCUAUGCAAGGUGACGCGGCCCAAAAGUUAUAUAACUCAUUUCUUAAACGUUUGGGUAAGGAUUAUGAUGGGGCGAAAGUUAAAGAUGGUAAAUUUGGUGCUUACAUGCAAGUUCACAUUCAAAACGAUGGUCCUGUUACUGUUGAAUUGGAAUCACCCGUGGAAGAAAGUAAAGUUAUUAAAGAUUCUCAAACAAAAGUGAAUAAUUGUAAUGAAGUAAAACAGCCUGAAUCAGCGGACAUCAAUAAAUAAAGUUUCUAAACAUUUAUUUAGGAAA